CUCCGAGCCACCCUGGAUGAGUACACCACCAGAGUGGGGCAGCAGGCCAUCGUUCUGUGCAUCUCGCCCUCCAAACCCAACCCUGUCUUUAAAGUAUUCGGUGCUGCACCCUUGGAGAACGUGGUACGCAAGUACAAGAGCAUGAUUCUGGAAGACCUGGAGUCUGCGCUAGCAGAGCAUGCUCCUGCGCCUCAGGAGGUUAACUCAGAGUUGCCACCCCUCACCAUCGACGGCAUUCCCGUCUCAGUGGACAAGAUGACCCAGGCCCAGCUGCGAGCUUUCAUCCCAGAGAUGCUGAAAUAUUCCACGGGUCGUGGCAAACCAGGCUGGGGCAAGGAAAGCUGCAAGCCCAUCUGGUGGCCUGAGGACAUUCCGUGGGCCAACGUUCGCAGUGACGUCCGCACAGAGGAGCAGAAGCAGCGGGUGUCCUGGACCCAAGCGCUGCGGACUAUCGUGAAGAACUGCUACAAGCAGCACGGGCGCGAGGACCUGCUCUACGCGUUUGAGGAUCAGCAGACGCAGCAGCAGACGACCACCACACACAGUAUAGCGCACCUCGUGCCGUCACAGACUGUGGUACAAACCUUCAGUAACCCUGACGGCACCGUGUCCCUCAUCCAGGUUGGCACUGGUGCUACGGUUGCCACGCUGGCCGAUGCCUCAGAGCUGCCUACCACGGUUACCGUCGCACAAGUCAAUUAUUCCGCAGUGACUGAUGGAGAGGUGGAGCAGAACUGGGCAACGCUACAGGGGGGUGAGAUGACUAUCCAGACGACGCAGGCAUCAGAGGCCACGCAGGCAGUGGCAUCAUUAGCAGAAGCAGCAGUGGCAGCAUCUCAGGAGAUGCAACAAGGAGCAACUGUUACCAUGGCACUCAACAGUGAAGCAGCUGCCCACGCAGUAGCCACGCUUGCCGAAGCCACUCUUCAAGGUGGAGGACAAAUUGUUCUGUCUGGUGAAACCGCAGCAGCAGUAGGAGCGCUUACCGGAGUCCAAGAUGCCAAUGGUAAGGCUGCCAGAAAGAUUUUACUUUGUUAUGU